ACUGUACGUCUGUACAAUAAGAACAAUUCACAAUUUCAGCCUUGUCUAAUUUAAAACUGGAUUAUCUGAUGUUAUGUUUAAAAUGAAAAUAAUUUAUAUUAUGUAGUAGUGUAGUACUAUUUGCUACUUAUAUUUCAAUGAAGUCAAUUUUUUUAGUCAUGUACCAUGUACGAGAAAUAGAUCAAAACUGUCCUAAAAAGUAUAAAAUUCGUUAUAAUGCAAAAAAUGCCUUAAAAUGCCCUUUUGGUGGUUAGAAUAUGAAGUACUUGAUGUUGAUAUACAUUAGUAGCUUAAAAAGCAUCGUGUAAGACAUUCCAAAAAAAAAUAAUGCAAAUGCAUUGAAAUCCGAGCCCUAGUCAUUGUCUAUAAUCUAUAAUCUAUAUUAUUAGUCACUCAUUACCUAUAAGACAGUUGUGGGCUGUAGCGUUGCCAAGUAUAAAUUUUGAUUUGUUGAGUUUCCAUUAAAAUGCCGCUAGAUGGCUCUAAACUGUAGUUGAGAUCAUGGUUGAGAUCUACAGCUGUCUUGGUGACUCAAUUUGAUUUAAUCUAUUGACGAUUCAUUGGUUUGACGAUCUUGAAAAUACAUUAUAUUAUAUAAUCAUAGGCCCAUGACAAAUACAUUUUGUCAUGCAUAGGCAUUAGGCCGAUGUUUAACCAUAGAACAUAUGUAUUAUCUAUGCGUUUAACUUGUAUAUUAUUAUUGUUUCGUGAUAUUAUGUUGUAUCACUUGUGACUUGUAUCUUAGAUCCUGAUUUUUGAUAAUAUUAUGAUAGCGAUGCGUUUGAAGUUUGAAGUGUUGAACAGCAAUAUGGUAUAACAAUUCACUUUUCACUGUUUACAAAUUAAUGGCUCGUAGACCAAACUGAAAUCUUUAACUUAUUGUCACAAAUUGACUAACUUUCGUAGUUUAGUUCGAAAUCGGUAAUUUAUUAUGUAUAAGAACUAAAAAUGUGCAACAGUUGAUGAUUAAUACUGUGGUAUUAGUGUAUGACAAUCAAUUUUUUAAGUUUUAACGUGACGUUAAGAUAUAUUCUGUACCUACUGUAUUGUGUUCUGAUGUUAAUACUGGUGUAGUAGGCAUUCACAUUAUAACUAUGGCUAUAGACAAAAAUACCAUGCGCUCAAAAUUUAACGAGCAAAUACAAUUAAUUUUAAUGAAUAAACGGGAAGAUAACAAUGCUUUUUUGUCAACCAGUGAUUAUAGUAGAGUUAUUCAACAGGUGAAAAAAUCAAAAAAAUCUUUAAACACUGCUGGUGAAAAAAAAACUACGAAAGACUAUCGUGUAAUACGUAAGUAUGAUAUUUUAGUAAUGGAUGGAAAAGAACAUCUGAUUAGACCUAUUGACGAAAAAAAUGUUGUAUUAUACUAUGCAACAAUUGAUGAACUAUUUGAUAUUCUUUACGAUACACAUUCUGCAAUAGGUCAUGGUGGACGAAAUCGUAUGGUAACUGAACUUAAAAAUAAUUAUUGCAAUAUAACUAAUGAAACAAUUAUGGUAUUUUUAAAAUUGUGUGCUGAAUGUCAUAAAAAAGCUGCAUGUUCAAAAAUAGGAUUAGCACCUAAACCAAUUGUACAGCCUACUUUCAAUUCUCGAGGACAAGUAGAUCUAAUUGACAUGCAGACUCGACGUCAUAAUGAUUAUAGAUUCAUAAUGAACUAUCAGGAACAUUUGACUAAAUAUAUAGUCUUGAAACCACUGAAAUCAAAAUGUGUUGAAGAAAUUGCUUAUAAUUUAAUUGAUAUCUAUACUUUAUUUGGGGCACCUUCGAUAUUACAGUCAUGUAGUGGAAAAAAAUUUGUAACUUCAAUAAUUAACAAACUUCAUGUCAUAUGGGAUGAAGUAAAAAUUGAUUAUGGAUGGCCAAAGCACAGCGAAAGUCAGGAAUCUGUUGAACGAACUAAUAGGGAUGUACAAGAAAUGUUAUCUGCUUGGAUGGGCAAAAAAAAUAGUUCGGAUUGGCCAUCAGCAUUAAAAUUUAUUCAGUUUAAAAAAAAUCGAACUUUUCACCCAGGUAUAGGCACAUCCCCCUAUGAAGCAAUGUUUGGAUGCACUGCCAGAAUAAGUUUGGCGACAUCUAAUCUUCCAAAUGCUGAAAUGCCUGAAAUAACCGAAAUAAAAACAGAAGAAGAUUCAUGAAAUAUUACUCAUGUUCUAAUAAUGAAGACGACGACAAAGAAAAAAAUUGCCAAAUGAAAUUGCAGCUUAUUAUCAGGAAGACAGGAAAUAGCUGUUUGUAAAAGAAAAACCUUUUAACUCUCGAUGAAGUGAUUAAAAAUUAGUAAAUGAAAAAAAGUAACUUCAAGAAAAGCAGCUAUUAAUAGUUGUGUAAUGGGUUUUCCAAAGAUACCAGAGCAACCAUUGCAAGAUUGGUUGUUAACCAUAAACAUUCUGCCUGCAACAAGACACUUAAAGAUGCAUUAUGUAAAAAUAAUUAAUAAUGUGUGAUUUUAUACGAAUUGUAUUUAAAUAAAAAGGCAUCUAAAAUA